AAUGUAUGUACUUUAUUUGAAAAAAAUCUUUUCUAAGAUAAAUAAAGACUUUUUUAAGAUAGUAUUGUUUUAUUUUGAAAUAUUUAUUAAUAAAUCAACCACAAGUGAGUGAAAAUGGAGAACAGUUUUAAAAUUUUGUUAUUUUGUUUAAUUGGUGUAACGCCUAAAAUAUCUGGAGAAGAUUUUCAAUUACCAGAAGUACAAACUCCAUUUGGUAUCGUAAAAGGAUUUUAUAAAACAGCAACUAAUGGACAGGUUUUUACGGCUUAUGAAGGUAUACCUUACGCUUUGCCGCCAACGGGAAAGUAUCGAUUUGAGGCCCCUCGUCCCUUAGUACCUUGGAAAGGAACUUGGAUUGCGAAUCAAACAACAAAAUGUAUACAAUAUGAUCAUUUACCUGAUCAGGAAUUUAGAAAAGUCGAUGGGGAGGAAGAUUGUUUAUAUCUGUACAUUUAUACCCCAAAAAAUAUUGAUUCAAAUGCUGCUUUGGAUGUGAUUGUACAUAUACAUGGCGGUGCUUUUAUGUUUGGAGCUGGUCAUUUUUGGGGUCCAGAAUAUUUACUAGAGAAAAAUGUGAUUUUCAUUAAUUUUAAUUAUCGUGUUGGUCCAUUUGGAUUUUUAAGCACUGAAGAUGAUAUUGUACCUGGCAAUAAUGGUUUAAAGGAUCAAGCUGUGGCGCUUAAAUGGAUCUUUGAGAAUAUAAAAUAUUUUGGUGGUAAUCCGGAAUCAAUUACGCUAACGGGACUUUCAGCAGGAGGGGCGAGUGUAACAUAUCAUUAUAUGUCUCAGUGGUCGGCUGGAUUAUUUAAUCGUGGAAUUGCGGUUAGUGGUAGUGCACUAAAUCCUUGGGCAUUUGCAGAAAAUUCAUUGGAGAAAGCCAAUUUCUUAGCUGCAAAUGUUGGAUGUGAUGUAGAUACAAUUGAACAAAUGGUAAAGUGUCUGAAAAGGCGGCCUGCAUAUCAAAUUGCAAAAGCUGUUGAAUUUUUUAUGGGAUAUAUGUAUAACCCAUUUUCACCAUUUGGACCAGUAGUUGAAAAAGCUGGCCAUAAUCCUUUCUUAUCACAAGAACCACUUGAAAUUCUACAACAGGGAAAAGUGCAAGAUUUACCGCUGAUAAUAUCAAUGACAAAAGAUGAAGGUCUUUAUCCUGCCGCUGAAUUCACCUCAGAUCCAAAAAUCUUACAAGAAAUCGAUGAAAAAUGGAAUGAGUUGGCUCCACAUAUUUUAGACUACAACUACACUGUACCCAAAGAUCAACGGGAAUCUUUUGCUCAAGAAAUUCGGGAGAAAUAUUUGAAUGGUGAAACAAUUUCAAAAGAAACGUUCCCGAAAUUUCUCCAGAUAGUGUCAGAUCGUCUUUUUGGUGCAACUUUAGAGGAAACAGCGAAAUUAUUUGCAAAAGCUAUGAAAUCACGUGUUUAUUUUUAUUAUUUUAACUAUACUGCACCCGUUAGUUUCUCACAAUUAAUGCCAAGCGAUGGGGAAAUUCAUGGAGUAUCUCAUGCAGAUGAUAUGUUGUACAUCACUAAAUAUCACGGAGUUGAGACAAAAUUUGAUGAGUUUGAUCAAAUGAAAGAAUUAAUGACAAACUUAUGGAUAAAUUUUGCAAAAACAGGGGAUGUUAAAUUUGGAGAUUUUGAACCCGAACGUUUGGAUGUUAAUCUAAAUGGAGAGUUUAAUUAUUUGGAUGUUGAAUCACCAACAAAACUUACAAUGAAAACGGCGAAAACGUUGGCGAAUUAUGAUUUUUGGAUUAAUUAUAAAUAA